UGUAGUCAAUGCGUGUAUUACAUUGUAGGAGACGCUAUGGUUUCAUCCCCUACCAUCGGAUUCAGCUUUCAGCUACCUAUCGGAGUUCCAUUCAUGAUCGUUUUUCUGCUGCUGAUUUCUGCCACUUUCAUGUCCGUUUGAACUUUUGAUACACCCCUACUCUAUUUAGAGCUGGCUUGAUGUUUCAGAGAGUGGAAAUGGCCUGAGUGCUGUACGGCAACACAACGUGACUAAGAUGACCAAUGACUUGCUGGGUAGCAGCAUGCCCAGUACUUCCAACCUUUUCAACAUCACUUCAUCAUCACCCACUCCAGCUGUUGUCGAGCCUGAAUACUUCUGCAAAUGGGUCCUGUACCACGAAAUCCCUGGCUCUCGACUUGUUUUUCAGCUCUCAUAGCAGCAGGAAUGCUGUCAACAACAACAUGAUUGUGAAGAACCAAGCUCUGCCAAAAGUGGUGCGCAUGUGGGACCUGUGCAUCCUGGUGCCCAAUGUGGUCUUCCUGCUGUUCAUGGCACUGCGCUUCAACCGGGCACGGCUCAAGCUGCGUGCUACCAGCAGUCCCAUCUUCUCCACUUUUUACAUCCUUGUGUCUCUGAAUGCUGUGAUGAGUGUCAUCCGGUGCGUCGUGUCCAUGACAGUCAACGCAGCUGCCCCUGCUGGUGGCAUAGCCGACAAGGCACUGUGGGUGGUCGUGCGCUUCUUCCUGCUCUCCACUGAGAUGAGUGUGCUCAUCUUUGGGCUGGCCUUUGGCCACUUGGACAGCCGCACCAGCAUCCAGCGGGUGCUCUUGGUCACCUCCUUUGUGGCACUGCUCUACUCAGGCACCCAGGGUGUUUUGGAGUUGGUGCUUCCAGACCGCAAGUUCUAUGUGCCGGACAAGAACUUUGAGUUGUUUGGCCAUGGUGGCAUGCUCUUCUGGUUCAUCAGCUCAGUCCUGUUCGCUGUGGUGUACAUCGUUGUGUUCCUACUGCCAUGGACUGGCUUGCGGGAACGCGUAGCCCUGCCAGCCAAGCAGAGCUUCUAUUGGUAUGCCCUGUUCCUUGCUGUGCUCAACCUGACCCAGGCAGCGGGCUCGGGCCUCUACUACUAUGACAUUCGUGAAGGUGUCUGUGUGGUAGAUGUGACAAGCUACCUCUACUUCACCAUCUUCACCCCACUUGUCUACAAGACGUUCCUAGCGGAUUUUUUCAGCAUCUCACAGCCAAGCAUCAUGUUCUCAUACAAGGCUCAGACAGAUGACCCCAUGGAAGAUGACAAUGUGAGCUUGCCCCACCAGCUGUCCUGCUCAUCGCUCAAGACGGACUCGGACUACAUUUACCAGAACAACUCGCUUUAUGACAGCACCCACUUCGACGCAGCCAAUGUCAACCCCUUGUAUGCUCAGUCACUCCAGUCGCCAGACAGUGUCGUUGACUACUGCGGUGCAUCACAGCGGCCUACCUACCAGACUAACAUUGCUCCAUCCCAGCAGCCACCUCCACGAUGAGAGCCUUAAUUGGCUCAGCUGUGGGAUGCUCUUCAGAGGAUGAGUCAUCGCUUUGAUGGAUGGUGUGGUGCUUUACAAAACAGCAUUGCUUCUAGUGCAGUCACUCAUCUAGUAUGCAGUGUGUCUUCAAGUGUCCGCUUGUGUCAGUGUUCCUGGACUAAUUCAAAUCCAAAUUUCAUCAGGCAUUUUGAGUUGCAUUGGGUCCAGAUGAAGCAGCUGAGACACAUUUGGACAGUGCUCCAGGUACAGUCAUUUUAGCAGCACACAUGGGGUGCAGUUGAUAGUAAAAAAAUUUUGUGCCUCUUCUCGGUAAAUACACACUACAGUUUGUAUGCAUUGUAGAAGCAAAAGCUCUGUGUGUUUCGGUAUGGGCCAUAUAUUUCUUAAAGGUGUUGCAUACUUUGCUGGCUCAAGUGCUUGCAUGGCUUUUCCUUUAAAAUAGCGAGAAAAACUGGGCAUUUCAUGGGAUGGACAUUUCAUGGACAUUCAUUUCGUGGGACAUUUCAUGGUGACAUGCAAGCAGUGUGCACCACUCAUCUUUCUCGCCAAGCCAAGGCAUGUUCUAUGAAGGGCCACUUUUGCUGUCAGUGCACGGCUGUUGGUGUCUUUUGUGUGGCUUCCGUCCUUAUACAACAAAAUACGUGCUCAGUCAAGUAAGACAUGACAGUGCAGUUGUUUCCUGUCUUACAUUUGGCUACAACAGAGCGGAACAGAUGCAGGGGUGUAAGCGCCAUUGCAACUUGCCCUGUGUAAAUGAUCACAGCGGCAGCAUAUAAUGCGCUCAUUAAAGUGAGCUCAAAUGAAUCAUUUCAUCGGGAUUUAGAUUUUCAUGUGUGUAGACAAACCUGUUGGGGUGUGUGAAACUGUGAUGGCACUGGGUUUCUGUUAGUUUUCUGGUGUACUUAAUGUUGGUCAUCAACUUCAACUUUAUCCCCAUUUACUGCAACAUACUUAGCAGGUGUUCUUACCAGGCUUCAGGUGAAGUAUUCUUGGAUUGAGACAUCAAAAAUGGACUGCGUGCUCCAGUGUGUGAGACAACACGCAAGUCUGAGCCAAGGCUUACAAAACUGUUUAAAACUAACUACUACAUUUUGUGUAGCAGUUCUCUAGAUUGUCAUAUAAGCAUUUGUUAAAUAGAGGAAAAUGAGACAUCUACCCAGUCGUAGCAAUUGCUACAAUUGCUCUAAUUAAUUACUUCUCUCCGCCUUGCGGGUUUCCACAGAACUAUUACGUCAUAUAAGCAUUUGUGUUUGGCAGCAAUCUGCUGCCCUUUCUUACUUGGAGAGUCCUGCUGUGAUGGCAGAGCCUUUUCAUGUACGACAAAAUAUAGUGGCAGUUGCCACCUCUAAAUAGAGAAAGAGCUCCUUGGACUUCGUUCUAGGAGAGUGACCUUUGCAGCCUGUUGUAAGGAACAAACACUUCAGGUGAGAGCUUGGCUAUCAGUUGCAUUAAGAAUGUUUAUGGAUUAUUUGCAAAAGUAUGCAGAUUCACUGUGUUUUUCAUAUCAUUCCACUCUUCUAGCUGAAGUCUUUGUUGCAUGCUCAAGUCUUAUAAGUUCAUCCAGCAUCUUCGUAACACCUUGAAAGAACUAAGCUAGCAAUGUGACCACUUGUGUUCUCGCAGCACUGCUAGUCGCACAUUUAAUCCGAGUCCUCGAACAAAUUUGGUUCACCAUUUGUCAAGCAUGUAAUUGUGAUAUUGUGCUGACACAGCUUUUUGGGGCCCUAUAGUUUUGUUUUAUAUUCAGACCUCUUCUUUUGAUUACUAAAAGAAAAUUGCCAGAUGAUGCAAGGCUCCUAAGCUGGUCUGAACAAAGCUUAUUUCUGUUGUGCUUGUUAUACAUGUCGCACUUUCUGGAUUCAGCAUUAAUAGUAAAUUAUGCUGGAAUACCCAUUUGAGUAAUGCAGACGAUGCUGCUUUGCCAAGCUCAUAUGCAUAUUCAGUGCUCGUUUGGCAGGAGAUCUGCUGCAGUCAUAUCAGAGACAGGGUAUAUUGGCAUCAUCAAGUUUGAUUCACUUAAACGUAUUUCGCCCACGUGCAGGACUUAAGACUGUGCAUAAACAUGCACAGCAUCUCCACAGGGCAUGAUAGCUGCAACUCAAGUGAGGCCAUGGUGGGCUUUUUGUUACACACUUGUCCAAUGGGUAGGUGAAGCCAUCACUUGUAACCCAAAGCAUCACAUAUAAUAUGCAUUUCCUAGCAAUUUGAGCAAUCAACAUUCCAAGUAAAAAUGCAUGAGCCUAUAUGGUAGCAUAUUUGGGUUGUUCUAUAUUGCCUAUUUAGCUUCUUUUGCAGCACAAUACGCUCGUUAUGUUCCUACUUUCACAAUGACAUUAAAGGGACACGCUAAAGGGAAACACUAAACUAGCCUAGACUGCUUAGAGAAAAUAAAACCAUGGCUGGGUUUCUCUGUGUGCAGGCCCACAUAUUAAGUUGCAGUGCAGUUGUGCAAGAUGUUUUGUGCAUGAUGUGGCAGUCUAGCUGAACUUAAUAUUUCUUUUCAGUGUCCCCUUGCACAAUGUGUUGGUUGUGUGCCUCUUCAUUAUUGAAUGUCUGUCAAGGGGACUCAUUAUCUGUACAGAUGAUUUAUUGCUGGAUAAAUUUAUUACUAUUUUGUUGGCUUUAA